AUGACUGAUGAAUUCAAUCGAUAUUAUAUCAAAAUUCGAGCUAUUUUGGGAAUAGAUUCAAAAACAAUCUUUGACGAACUUACAGAGGCAUUGGGACCUGAUGCUCCAUCAUAUCCAACAGUCAGAAGAUGGGCGAAACGUUUUCGUGAAGGAAGAGACGAUGUCACUGAUGAUCCUCGAUCUGGUCGUCCGAUUUCGGUACUUACAGAUGAAAAUGUUGAACGCGUUCGACUAGUUAUCGAAGAUGAUCCACACUCAACUUAUGAUGAUAUUAUGGGUGAAACUGAUCUAUCACGUGGUACAAUAGAACGAAUUAUUCAUGAUCGUCUAAAGAUGAGAAAAGUUACAUCACGUUGGGUUGCUCAUCAACUUACUGACGAACAAAAACAAAAACGACUUAGAAUUUGUCGUCAAAAUUUAGAGAAAUUUAGAAAUGGAACAUGGCAUUUAUGUGAUGUUAUUACUGAUGAUGAGACAUGGAUUUAUCACAGGCAGAUUGGUCGAAAGUCAAGCAAUGCUACUUGGGUUGGCGAAAAUGAACCACCAAGAACCAUUGUUCGUCGGAAUAGAUUUGAACCUAGAACACUAUUUUGCUUCUUCUUCAAAUCCACUGGUUCUCUUCUCAUACACAAAGUAGAUAAGGGCAAGACAAUCGAUCAUGACUACUAUAUUGAUAAUUGUCUUAUACCUGUUAUCAAUGAAAUAAGAAAAAAGGAAAAGUCAUCACGUACUACAUAUAAAAUGCUUCAUGAUAAUGGUCCUCCUCAUACUCAUCCAGAUGUUAUUGAUUAUUUAAUGGAGGAAGGAAUCGAAAUCAUUCCACAUCCACCAUAUUCACCAGAUCUCGCACCGUGUGACUUUUGGCUAAAUGAUUAUAUCAAGAACAAGUUGACGGAUCACACAAACGAAGAAUCAUUAGCUCAAGAGGUUUCCACCAUAGUGAAGAAUAUUCCAAUAAACGAGUUUAAAAAGACUUUCGAUAAACUGUUAGAAAGAAUGAAACUUUGUAUCGAAAAUAAUGGUGAUUAUUUUGAGCAUUUAAUAAAACAAAAUAACGAAUGUCUCUUCGUUUCUGUAUUGUGGUUUUAUGUUGGCAUGAUCUUUUCUUGGCUAUAAAUACUAUAGAUUUAGUCUGAAAGGAUGUUAGAACUAAGUCUAAGAGAGAGUUGCUCUAUAUAUCAGAGUUGUAACCGGUCAAAAAAAUUCAGACCGGACCGGCCUGACCGGUUUAAAUCUUAUACCGGCCCGGCCCGGCCGGUGACCGGCCGGUCUAAAAAUAUUUCUAGACCGGCAAAAACCGGCAGACGUAUGAAUUUUCUUUACAUGGUAAAACUAGUUCUAGACAUAGACCUUUUAUCCAUAAAUUGGUUUUUACACUUUCCUUUUCAUGUAUAUUAUCAUUUUCAUAGCAAACAAUAACACAAAUUUCUACGAUUGAAUAUGUUCUGGACAAAAUAAAGUUCUUUUCUGCAAAAGCUGAUAAUUGAUUUAAAUUUCUUCUUUUAUUAUAUACAAAAUUUGCACAAAAAAAAUAUCCUAAUGAUACAUAUUAAAUUAACAAACUAUGUGUUCGCAUCCAUAAUAAUUAUAAAAAUAAGAAGUUUAUGUUACUUACUUUUACUGUGUUGAAUAAAAAAAAAUAUAUGACGAAUACUUAUCGUAUCGUGCGUAUAUCUAUCUGUACAAUCAGCUUGACGGCCUACUCUCUUUUUUAUUAAUUUAAUUAAAGAUGUGUUGGCAUGUUAACAAGAAUUGAAUUAAUAUCAAAAGGAAUACAUAAAAA